AGUCGCCAGCAAUCUCAGGUAUGUCAAGAUGCACAGCUCACUGGAGAGCAAUACCCUCGGUCCCAAUGUCUGGGACUACGACAUGGUACUGGAGAAGAUAGGCUAUGGCAAAACGCAGUGGGUGCUGCUGCUCGUCAGCGGACUGCUGACAAUCACAUCCGUUGCAGCCCAACAAGCCAUGAGUAUCAUUGUCAUCGCCUCGCAGUGCGAGUUCGAAACCACACAGGCGGAGAAGGGCGUGAUGAUGGCGGCUAGUGUUACAGGUAUCUUCCUAUCGACCUACAUAUGGGGUUACAUCAGCGAUGAUAUAGGGCGCCGCAGGGUUCUACUUUAUGGCAACUUCGCUAGCAAUGCCCUGCAGUUCGUGCUAAUGUUCGUCACCAGCGUGUGGCUAUUUAACAUUAUAAACCUUCUCGUUGGAAUUAGUGUCGGCGCGGUGUCAGCAGCACUCUAUGCAUAUCUAAGUGAAUUCAAUAUACCACGACAUCGCGCCGUGGCGAUUAACUAUUCGACAAUGUUUGUCAGUGUUACGGCAAUAUAUGUUCCAGCAACUGCUUGGUUGGUUCUCUCCUCGAACUGGGCCAUCACCAUCGGAGAUUUUGUGUUUCGGCCAUGGCGUUUGCUGUUGCUAGUUAGCCUGCUACCAGGAUUUAUUGGCGGCUUGAUAUUACUUUAUUAUCCCGAAAGCCCCAAGUUCCUGCUGUCCCAAGAAAAGAACAGCGAAGCAAUUGAAGCCGUGGCUUGGAUCAGUAAAUUCAACAGGGGAAAAUCCAUACAUCAAGUUCUGAACUGCGAUGAAUUUACACUGAAGUCCGAGGAUCCAGUUGGCGAAAACUUGUUGGCCGAAAGUCAAGGAUGUGGUAUAUUAUCCAAAAUAUGCAGAGCUACCAUUCCACUUUUCCAUAAACCCCAUGGAUUUAAUUUUAUUCUGUGUAACUUGGCUCUUUUCGGAAUGUUUUUCGGUUCAAAUGGAAUGCAGCUUUGGUUUCCCGAAAUUGUAAAUCGUUCAUCGGGUGCCGAAAAUAAUUCUUCUACAGUAUGCGAAAUUCUUAGCGUACCCGUAGAACAACCCAACGUAACAGAAACUUUGGACUGCACCGAUCCUAUUAGUAGCAAAACCUAUAUAGACAACCUCGUUGUAGGUUUCGCAUUUCUGAUUGGAUUCUCAAUUCAAGGACUGAUACUCAAUCCUUUGGGUCGCAAAAACGUACUUUUAGCUGCCCUAGGCGUUGCAACAUUAAGUGGAGUCCUUUUGCACUUCAUGGAAAGUCCCACAGGAGUCCUUGUUCUCUUCUGCCUUUACAUACUUCUGCCUGGACUUUCGAUUUCAAUUAUGAUUGGCGCCAUUGUUGAUUUGGUACCUACACAUUUGAGGUCCAAGGCAGUUAGCUUCUGCAUGUCUCUGGGAAGACUUGGGAUCAUUGCAGCUACGAACUUAAUGGGAGUUAUGCUGCAACCUUACUGCAACACAACAUUUGCCAUGUUUACAUGCACUCUAAUUGUGUGCAUUGUUAUCGUUCAUUACCUACCGAUUCGGAACUCAGCUUAAUUGAUUGUUCAUUUUUGUAUUUGUAUAUUUUUCUUCUUUAAUGUUUAUUAUUAAAUUUUUACAUAAAUACUUGAGCUUUUUUAUUAUAA